GCGUGAGACAACCAACUCGUGAAGAAGAAGUAAAAAUCUUAUUGGCGCGUGAAAAGUGCAAACUCCUUUAAAUUUCUGAUUAAUUUGCUAAAUAUAACUUGUGAAAUAAUCAGAUAAAACGAAGUGGGUUUACGGAUAAUAUAUUUAUGCUGCAGGAAUUGUGGAGAAGUGCUGUGAAUACGCAGACUGUUAAUUUGAAAAUUCGCGUCGUGUAUAAAGUGUUUGUGGCUUUCAUCCAUUCCAACAACACUCGCUAGAGCAAUUUGCCGAAACUCCUCUAUUUCUGUGCUGCAAAAAAGAAUCGCAAAAGUGCACCGUAGUACUAUUCAUAUAAAAUACACUUGUAAUUGUUUGGAAAAUGCCUAUCUGUAAACGUGAUGGCUUCGAUAAUAUGCCAUCCCGUAAUCGAAACGAGACUUUUCAUGACAACGACGAGGUUUUCUUUUGUGAAGUAACAAGGGAGAUAUUUCGCGACUACGAGGACUACUUCCGCCAUGUAAUGGUAAUAAAUUCCACUGUUUGGCAGUGCGAAGCCACUGGUCGCGAUAAUCUCACCUAUGCAGAGGCAUUACGUAGUGAACGAAGAGCGCGCAAGAAACUGGAACUAUUUAAGUACUGUCUUCGAGCACCGGUAAUGCUAGUUGUUGAAAACUCGAAGCAAUCCUCAUUGAACACACUUUGUGUAAUUUUAUGCAAAUUUCUGCGCAAGCGUUUUUUUAUCAAUGAAGAAGUAACUGCCUGCCAUAAAACUUCUACAUAUAACGCCUACACAGUGUUAGGUAUUGUGCCGUCUAGUAACACGCCUCCCGCCAACGGCGUGUAUGAAGAAACUGAGAAACUUCAGUACAAGUUGCGUCGGAAAGGACAAAAUGAGGCAGAAGUAAUUGUACCAUUUGAAAAUAUCCGUCGUCAGCGACAAGAGUUCACUACAGAGAAUCUGCAAAUGUUCGUGAAAGAUAAUGUAACUCGUGUGGAUGGUAUAUUACGACCAAAACCGGAGUCUUACCAAAAAUAUGUGACAAAUCAAAGUAUCACUUUCGAAAAUAUAUUCAUCGGCAAAAUGCCACAUUUUACACCCGCAAAAAUUAAACGUCCAUCCCAAGAUACAGGCAGUAAAAAGCAAUCCACAUUGAAUAAAUAUUUUGCUAAAGAUGGGAAAACUGAAAAUGAAAAUAAUGUAAAGAACGGUGGAAAACUAAGUGAGCAGGAAGAAGCUAGGCGAGAGAAAAAACGGGCACAAAAAGCUGAAGAAGAAGAAGCUAGAUUGGCUGAUAAACUGAAACGCAUUGCUGAGCAGGAACGACAGAAAGAGGAGAAGCGGAAGUUAGUGGAACGUGUUAAUGCCGAAUGUAACGCUUUGCUUACAAAGACGGAUGACUUGGAGCGCACAGACCAACGCUUAUUGCCCUUAUAUCGACCUGUUAAAACUUAUAUUCCAGCUAAACUAGUCGGCGAUGCAUUCAUGAUUCGAGAAUUCAUUCAUUCUUUCCCAACCAUAUUGUCAGGCAUUGAAGUUUUUCGUGGAAAUUUGAGUUUUUUUGAAAUGUCUCGUGCCUUUAGUAUUCGUGAAGUGUCGGGACCACUGUCGGACAUAAUUCUGAUACUUCUGGGAACUGUUUUUGAUAUGCAGAAAGAAGAAGAGGAAGAUUGUAGCGUUGAAUAUUUGCGUGCGCGUUCCGAGCUGAAAAAUCGAGAACCUUUAAUAACGAUGAGUGAAGCGGCCCGGGCUCAUAAGUAUGCAAAGCGACAUUUCUCUUUCAAGAUAAAUGAGUUGCCAAUAGAUUCGAUGACUUUGAGUGAAGUUUUGCGUUUGCAUUUGUUGUCGUCUGGAGCUAUAGUCAAAGAGCGUGCGGAAAAAUGGCGCAUUAAGUAUCGGAAUGGUUAUUCAUCCUCAGAGGAUCCUGGACUUAUGCUACGUAUGCGAUAUCCACAUAUUUUGCGUUCUCUCAAGCUGUACACUAUCUAUCAGUUACCAUUUACUGACAUUGUGCGUAUUGCGCGUUGUCUGAUGGCGCAGAUAUUGACUUACUCAAGUCCCAUAAAUCUUAUUGAAGAACGCAUGGAGCAAAUGUCCACGACUCGGAUGGAUCUACGAGUAUUAACAACGAUGGAGAAUACGCGUUUAUCAAAUGUUCAAACGCAGAAGCGUAAUAUUACUAAUGAAUUUCAUCAGCAAUUAAUGGAAGAUGAAAUAAAAAGCAACAAAGAAAAGAAAAAGCAGCUUGAAGAAAAAUUGAAUAAAAAAAUUGCAGAGCUGUUGGCACAGUCUGAACGUGAGCGUCGAAAAUACGAGCAGCAGGUAGAAGGAUUCAAUUCAUCUUUAUUUAAUUUUCUUGUCUAUCUUGGCAUGGAUCGUGCAUACCGCAAAUACUACGUAUUGGAAUCGAUGCCAGGCAUUUUUGUGGAGCAUGCACCCGAUGCUUUAGACACUUGUUUAAGUGAUCCUCCCAAAAAUGUAUUAGGAGGAAAUUCUAUACAGUCAAAUAUCGCAAACUUGCCAAAAAAUCGCAAAGACAUACGUGCAUAUUUGUUGAAAAUGUAUACUGAUGAAGAUAAAGAAGCAGCUAAGGCCGAUAAAGCUGCUAAGACUCCGAAAAAUACAAUCUCCCUCAGCGGGUCCCAGGAAAACAAGGAAGAUAAAGAAAAUCAUCUAGUAAAUGGUAUCACUAAUGGUAAAGAUGUUACCGAAGGAAACGAGCCCGAUACAAAGAGUGAGGAGAAAGUAAUUGAAUCCGAAGCCGAAGAAUCUCCAUCACAAUAUCAAUUAUAUAUGUGUACGGGCAACCCGAGAAAUUGUAUUGUUCAUGAUGAACGGAACGCUGACAGACAGAGAUGGACUUAUAUCUACGAAAAAGAAGAUAUCGAUGCACUUAUUGCAGCACUGAAUCCAUUAGGAGAGCGUGAGUCUCAAUUAAAGGAGCAACUAACUACUCUACGUCAACUUAUUGUUAACCAUUGCAAAAAAUGUCCAGAAGAAUUGCUUACAUUAGAUGAUAACCAGCAAGUUCGUAAAUUCAAAUCGUUAAUGAUGUCUGAAACUUCUCGAAAGUAUAGUAAAGCGAACUUUGGUUUUGGCGAGGGCGGGGAUCUGAACGAAGUAAUGCAUGCGGCGCUGAUUGAUCGAAUAAUACAAUUCGAAAGCGACAUUUAUACGGGUGAUUUGGGUCGGUUAAAGGUGAAGGAUAUGGAAAAAUGGCGGUCAGACCUUCAAUCAAACCAAUAUGAUCCACAAGUCAAAUUGCAGUUGGGCCCAAAAGUCGCCAUAGAUGGGGGGGAUGACGAUGAGGGUGCUGACGACGAUGCAGAAGAUGAUGUUGAGGUAGAUGCAAAAGAUGGUGGAAAAUACGCAACCAGACCCUUUAAGGAUCCCGGCGAUGUGUUGGGUGACACAAUCGAGAUUGACUCGGAGGACAGUGGUGAUGAGCUUAUCUCCUUACAUGAUUCGCCCACAAUCCGAACCAAUGUACAGAAUUGCGCCUAUGCUCUACUACAGGUAGAACAGGCAAUAGAACGGCGUUUCAUUAAGGAGCCGUUUGGUGCACCCUUAAAAGAUGUAAAGGAUAAAGAAUUUUUGGAACGUAAAAUAAAAUGGGGUCUCGCUCGAUUGAAACAAUGGGAGGUGUCCUUAGUAGAGAGCACAAGUUUCUCACAAGUAUUCCUUCAUUUGAACAUUCUGCAUGAUUGCAUUUUGUGGGCUCGUUCCACGAACAAAUCCCUGUGCCAAGUAUGUCGCAGAGGAAGUGAUCCAGACAAAAUGUUGCUAUGUGAUGAAUGCAAUGGUGGCACACACAUGUUCUGUAUGAAACCUAAGAUGAAGACAGUGCCUGAAGGUAAUUGGUACUGCGCACGGUGCGUCAAACGUUUGGGUAUACGUAACGAAAACGAAGAAAAAAAUAGUAAAUCGGCGUCUCAAAGACGGAAGCGUACUUUCAAUAUUGAUGAUAAUAUUGAUGACGGUAUGGUAAAUGGCACUAAAGAUGGCGAACGUGGACGCAGUAGUGGACGCCGCAGUAGUAAGCCUUUGCAAACGAAUGAAAUCGAAGAAGCAUUGGAAGAUGACAAUGAUGAGGCUGCGCAAGACAGUGAUGAAGAUGACAAUGGUGAUUCUGACGCUGAUGAAAAUAAUAGUGAAAACUUGGAUGAUGAUGCAGAAAUUGGUAGUGAUAAAGGCGAAGAUAUUGAAGAUGAUGAGGCUGAUAAGAAGAAAUCUGAGGAUGGCACAGAACAAGAGGAAGAUGACAAUGUUUGCGUUGUUUGCUCAUACGAUGGAAGUGAUUUAAUGUGUAUACGCUGCAAGGAAACUUUCCAUUUAGAGUGCAUCAAUAUGAAGAGAGCACCUCGUUACAAUUUCAUAUGUCCAAAAUGUAAAUCGGUAAACGGAAGCGACAAAAGCUCGCCGAGGAGCAUAAAAAGGAAUAGUAAGCAUAUUCUAGACUCUUCAAACGAUGACGACGAUGAUGAUUCCGAACCGCUUGUGAAACGCACAAGACCGUCACGGUCGUCUUUACGUAAUUCUGGUUAUCAGCAGCAGAAUGGGCACGGCAGCCCUCGCGAGGCAGCUAAAUCGGCAUCACAACGACGUUCAAUUCGUCGUACCGGUGACCAUUUACCACUGAAUAGUGCCGCCUUAUAUCAGCUUCUAGAUGAUGUAAUGAAACAUGAAGAUGCGUGGCCGUUUACGCGCCCGGUUUCGCAGGCAGAAGUACCGGACUAUCACAAGAUUAUAAAAACACCAAUGGAUUUGGCAAAGGUGAAGUCAAAGCUUAAUAUGGGCGCAUACCAGCUGAAUGAGGAAGUAAUGAAAGAUAUUCAAUUGAUUUUUCAAAAUUGCGAUGAAUACAAUGUAAAAGGCAAUGAAAUUUACAGCGCUGGUUCUACGUUGGAGAAGUAUGUUAUAGAGCAAUGUAAAUGCCUAAAUUUACCAUUUAAACCCAGCGACAUGAAUUCUUCUCAAUAAAUAUAAAAAUCAGUUUAGAAUGGCAAUGUCUGUUAAUGCUAAAUUAGAGUUUUUCAUAUAAAAAUUGUUUUGUGAACUUUUCUGCUGCAAUUUUAAUUAGUGUCUGCAUUAUAAAAAUGUUUAUCCUUAUAAACGCAUAUUUUGGUUAUCUAUUACUGCUAUUAUAUACAUUUAGUGCUAAA